CAGCCCCGGCGGCAGUUUCGGAACGCGCGCCACGCAAGGCCCACGUCUCACGCCGGCCACGUGCGUUCCAUCGCGACAUAAAUAAAACAUAUUUUUCUACUUCAACUGUAAAGUGGCUGUGAUAGUCUUUAGUGAUAUUUUACAAAGUUCCUUCUUAUACAUUUACCUACCUGUUUUACACGGUUGAAGAGUACAGAAAUGUUUAUAGACGAAAAUGAGACACCGGAGUCAUGGUGGGUGUCGGCGGUGCUGAAGACGAUCCGGGCGGUGGCGUUAGUAUGCGACAUCAUCACCUUCCCGAUCCACCUCUUGCUGCAGAGGCCAUGGAGGAAACGCGCCCUCUCCCGGAGGAUUAAGGCGCGCAUCAUCGACAGCACGAGCGACACGGUGACGGUGCGCUCGGUGUGCGAGCCGUGCGAGCUUCACGUGCGCAUGGUGCGCGACGGCGUGGGCACCAUGGAGGCCAUGCUGCGUGCCGCCGCCGCGCGCUACGCCGCCCGGCCCUCGCUCGGCACGCGCACCGUGCUCAGCGAGGAGGACGAGCCGCAGCCCAACGGCCGCGUCUUCAAGAAGUUCAACAUGGGCGACUACGUCUGGCGGACGUACACGGACGUGGAGCGCGAGGCGCGGCACUUCGGCGCGGGGCUGCGCGAGCUGGGCUGCCGGCCGCGCCACAACCUCGUCAUGUUCGCCGAGACGCGCGCCGAGUGGAUGGUCGCAGCGCACGGCUGCUUCAAGCAGAGCAUCCCGGUGGUGACGAUAUACGCGACGCUCGGCGACGAGGCGAUCGCGCACGGCAUCAACGAAACGGAGGUGUCGACGGUGAUCACGACGCACGAGCUGCUGCCCAAGUUCCGCAAGAUACUGGCCAAGACGCCGCGGGUCGACACCAUCGUGUUCAUGGAGGACCAGCUGCAGAAGACCGACCGCGACGGCUUCAAGCCCGGCAUCCGCAUCGUGGCCUACAAGGAGGUCGUCGAGAUGGGCGCCAACUCUAAAAUCGAGACGGUGCCUCCGUCGCCAUCGGACACGGCCAUCGUGAUGUAUACGUCGGGCUCCACAGGCGUGCCCAAGGGCGUGGUGCUGUCCCACCGCAACAUGAUCGCCACGCUCAAGUCCUUCGCCGACGCCGUGCCCAUCAGAGAAGACGACAUCCUGAUGGGCUUCCUGCCACUUGCCCACGUCUUUGAACUCCUGGCUGAGAGCAUCUGCAUCAUUGCCGGCGUCCCUAUCGGCUACUCGACGGCGCUGACGAUGCUGGACUCGUCCAACAAGAUCAUGAAGGGCACGAAGGGCGACGCCACCACGCUGCAGCCUACCUGCCUCACCACCGUCCCGGUUAGUACACCAUGGAAUCAAUUUAAUUGAUCGCCGUUACUGCCC